AAAGAUAUCUUUCUUGGCUUGUUGUUUUCCAGUCAGCAUACAUACUUAAUCCUCAAAAUGUCGGAGCUUAUCGGUGACUUUUAGACACUUCACAUUUGUACAUAACUUUAGUUUUUAUCGCACUUUCUAAUAUUUAUAACAUGGCUUUCAACCUUUUACGUGUUUAUGAUUCGUUCAUGAAACCGUUGAAACACACUCUACAAGUCACAAAGAUUCUCGUUAACAAUGCUGGCAGUAAAAAUCUUCCUGUUCUCAAACCUGUGCUUCCUUUGGCAUGUCAAGUGCGAUUGACCUCUUUCUUCACCAGAAGAGCGGCUGAGACACUAUGGAAAUCAGUAACGAGCGUUAGUAAUGCUGGUCGUAACAGAGGUCGAGGAAGAGGUUUGGCAAGGAAGAUCAAGGAUCUGAACAGAGGACAAUACAUUGGAAUGGGAAAAAUAAACAUGCAGUGGCCAGGUUUGACUGCACCAAUAAUGAGAGGAUCGACAGUUCUCAAGCAGCAAAGGUUGCCCGAUGAUCCUGAAAGAGAAGCAAAGAUCAUCAAGAUGAGAGACAUUGCUAGAACUAAAGGAUCGCGACGAGUACAUCCUUUAGAAAGAGGUUGGACGAGUGCAAAAAUGGGAGGCAAAAAAAUUGGUCCACCAGAUCCGGUCAAUGAUGAGCCAUUUGAGGGAUUUGAUACAUACGUAUUGGAACACAAGAUUGUAAAUCACAUGACAGGAAACUUGGGUCGAAAGAGAAGUUUCAGUUCAUUUGUAGUUACUGGCAAUUUCGAUGGAUUGGUUGGCUUUGGCUUAGGUAAAUCAUCUGAAGGGAAAACUGCCUUAAGAAUAGCCAAAAAUCGAGCUGGACAAAAGUUGAUGUUUGUUCCCCGUUACAAUAACCAUACAGUUUAUCAUGAUUUCUUUUCACAAUUUGGAUCCACAAAGUUAUUUGUUUCAAAAAAACCUGAAGGAUUUGGCUUGAGAUGUCAUAGAGCCUUGGUAUGUGCAUGCCAAAUCAUGGGAAUUAAAGAUUUGCGGGUAAAAAUAGAAGGAGCCAUCAAUUAUCAGCACAUUAUUAAGGCUUUUUUAAUUGGACUUUUGAAACAGAAAACACACGCAGAGUUAGCGGAGGAAAAAAAGUUGCACUUGGUUGAAAUGCGACCAGAAAACUGGAAUUAUCCAAAAGUAGUAGCAUCACCAUCGGUCGUUAGGAAGCCAGAAGAAAUUAGGUCAACCGAAGUGAUGGAUUUCACACAGUACGUUUUAGGUGGCAAAGUCGUUUUGCAAAAGAUAAAACCUUCUCCGUUCUACAUUGAAUUUCCAUCUCAUAAAAUAAGACUGAGAAAGUAUGAGCGCCAAAGAAAUCAAAAUCAAGUGAGGAUUAGAAUGUUGGCAGAGCACGGCGAAAUUCGCAGUUUUUUGACCGACAAAUAUCCAGAAGCCAGACCACAACUGUGGACUAAAAAAAUGAAAGAACAGUCUGAACAAGCCGAUUAA